AUGGAUCCUCUCAACUGUGAGUUCAUGGUCGCCGUACUCACUCGGAUCGACGCAGAGUUAGGAGUGCACAACACCGCCGCCGAGCAGCAACAGUUCUUCGAGAACUUACUCGCCUCCCAACCACUGUACUUCAGCACUGUCAAGGCAGUCUCAGCUCGAGGCCCCAAUGACAUGAAGUUGCUCGAUGCAGACAGCUGCCUGGCAAAGCCCAAGCGCUUGAUACGGGACAGGAUGGAAGCCGGAAACUAUGCCACCCGUAUAGCACGUGUUUUCGCCGAAGGUAGCGCGUGUUUUCCACUAACAUUCUUAACCGCAAUCGAAUAUACUAGGAACGCAGAGGAGUCGUCCUCGGCUUAG